AAUUCAUAUCAGCCCUGAGCAGAAUUUGCAGUAUGGUUGGCUGGCUUACAUGUUGGGAGACAGAGCUACAAAAAAGUUCACUGAAUACAGCAAAAUCUUUACAGUGGAGGGAAACUUAUCUUCUGGGAAGGGCAAGCUUGCACAACAAAUAGCAGAAAAACUAGGAAUGAAAUAUUUCCCGGAAGCAGACAUCCAUUACCUAGACAGAAUCACUGGAGAUGGAACGUUGCUGCAUGAGAAAUUUAAUGGUUUCUGUAACCUAGAGAGGUUUUACAAUGAUCCAAAAUGCCCUGAUGGACACUCUUAUCGACUGCAAGCUUGGCUCUUUGGUAAUCGUGUUUUACAGUAUGCUGAUGCAUUGGAGCAUCUGCUGACCACAGGACAAGGUGUGGUGAUGGAGCGCUCUCCCUACAGCGACUUCGUGUUUCUGGAUGCAAUGUUUAAACAAGGCUAUAUCCACAAGCGAUGCCUUGAUCACUACAACGAGAUCAAAGACAUCAGCAUUUGUGAAUUCCUGCCACCUCACUUGGUCAUUUAUAUAGAUGUACCCGUCCCAGAGGUGCAGAAGAGGAUUCAAGAGAAAGGAGAGCAUGCUGUCUUUUUCUGUAACGAGAAGUUCUAUAAAAUUCACCUGCUCUUAAAAACCAGCCUUUGUAGCUGCCAUUUCAGGAGUCAUGUCCAGCCAUAUGAGAAAAAGGUGUCUGCUUUGUAUCUCCAGAACAUUGAGGACGCUUACAAGAAAACUUUCUUACCGGAGAUCAGCGAGACCAGUGAAGUUCUGCAGUACACAGCAACUGAGGCAGAGGAUGUGGAGAAGGUAACUGAAGACAUUGAGUACCUUAAGUUUGACAAGGGGCCAUGGCUGGAGCAGGAUGAUGUUUCUUUCCAUCAUUUGAGACUUUAUGUUCAGGACAAAGAUGGAGUGCUGGAUCCUGUAGCCAUCCCUCGCUUCAUUCCAGAAAUCACAAUUGGAGGCAGUGAAUAUGAUAAAAUCUAUUAUGAGUAUCGAUCGCUUCCUGGUCGCAAUUUUAGGCAAGGCUACAACGCUGAAGUUGGUGACAAGUGGAUCUGGCUGAAAUGAAAUCUGCUCCCUUUGGAGCCCUACCUGCGAUGGACCACAGAACUUGAGUGAAGAAGAAGCCGAGUUCAGUGUGCCUGUUCCACAUCAAUUGUGUAGUGCGAAGAAAACGCUGGUUAAAUCAUCUUCCAGCUAUAGCAGAAGAGAAUAGACUCCUAGAAGGGAAAUCACUUUGUUGUGGUUUGUUCUUCCCUGGUGAAUUCAGGGUGCUUUGUCUUUGGAUGUCAAGUAGUCAAUAUGUGAUAGCAAAGUGAUCUGGUAUUACAGGGGCAGACUUAAGAUCAAUGCUGAACUUUUUCUUCAUCAAGACUGUGGCAUAUUAUCAUACAGGAUUAUUGUUGUUUUGCUGAAUCAAGAGAAAUUAAACCUGUAUCCUCCUG